AUGCGCUCGAUAGCGCCCGUGAUCCUCAAAAUCCUCCUUCUUACGACGCAGGCCGUCAGCACCGAAGACUAUACGCCGUUUCAGAAUGCCAUUCUAGGCUUGUCCAACGGUGGGCAAUUGGUCAAGAGGCAGAACGACUGCCAGUCAGGCUAUACUUCGUGUUCGGGACUCGGGGCAAACGAUGUAUGCUGCCCACCAGGUACCAAUUGUGCCCAGGAUGACGCGGGAAAUAUUGCCUGCUGUCCGUCAAAUGCUGUGUGCACGGGAACGAUAGCCGGCACAGCAACAGGCUCGCAGUCGGCGACUUCGAGCACUUCCGGCUUCGUGCUCGGAGGCUCAACAACCUCGAGCACAGCCAGCGCAACCGCACCCGGAAUCACCUCUUUCACGAGUGGAGUCGAGGGCGGUGGCUCUACCGUCCCGAACGCCUUUUAUCCCUUCGUCUACAUCCCGACAUCGUACGCAAACUUCGAGCUGUGCACAAGUGCAUAUUCAAUAUGUCAAGCUGAAUCAACCUCUUGUUUUGCCUCACUCGCAGGAGGCAACGGGGUCACAGUCUCGGGGCUUGGGGGUGGCGUAACGCAGCAGGGGGCAACGGGAACAAUACCGAGCUCUUCGGCGAGCAGUAUUUGCAGCUCUCUCAGUUCCCAGGGCUGCUAUGGCCUGCAAUCGACCCAAUGCAGCCAGUUCCCGAGCGCGACUGGAGCUACCACCACCGCCGCCUCCUCUGGUGGAUUUGUACAGGUUGGAGAUGGUCCCCGGCAGACGGCUUGUCCGGGGUUGUUGUAUGCUGCCGGUGCUGGCGCGAUGUUCGGUGUAUUGGGUGGGAUGGCAUGA